CUCGCAUUCACAAAUUCCAAACAAUCCUCACACUCCCUCGUCUUCUUUGUCAGACACAACCUGUGGUGUCUCUUCACUCCAUUCCUUCAAUUCCCCUCACGACUCCUCUAGAACCCAUCUCUCUCUGAUUCCACACCACAAAAUAAAAACCCACUUCUAUGGCAGUCGGACUCUUCGCCGCCACAACCCCCACCGCCUUCCGCCUCAUCCAAUCCUCCUCCUACCUCCUCCCCAAACCCAACCCCACAGUCUUCUUCUCUCCCUCCCGCCAAAAAAACACAACCCUCUUACAUAGGACUCGCCGAAAACUCUGCCUAACUGUCUACGUUGUCAUGGAAGACCAAAAACGUAAUACCACCGAAGUCGACACUUCCGAUGAAAUACCACAAGAGAGUAGUCCCAGUUCCGAGAUCCCUAUUGUGAUUCCCUCCCUACGUGGCGCAGAGCGAUUGGCCAAGAAGAAAUCCGAGAGGUUCACUUAUCUUGUUGCGGCUGUGAUGUCUAGCUUUGGUAUCACUUCCAUGGCUGUCAUGGCCGUUUACUACAGAUUUUACUGGCAAAUGGAGGGUGGGAAUGUGCCUGUGUCUGAAAUGUUCGGUACAUUUGCUCUCUCAGUUGGAGCUGCUGUGGGGAUGGAAUUUUGGGCAAGAUGGGCGCACAAAGCUCUAUGGCAUGCCUCACUAUGGCAUAUGCAUGAGUCCCACCACAAGCCUAGAGAAGGCCCAUUUGAGCUCAACGAUGUGUUUGCUAUCAUCAACGCAGUUCCAGCUAUAGCUUUGCUCAACUAUGGCUUCUUCCACAAAGGCUAUGUCCCUGGCCUUUGUUUUGGUGCUGGUCUUGGAAUUACAGUGUUUGGAAUGGCGUACAUGUUCGUCCACGAUGGUCUAGUUCAUAAAAGAUUCCCCGUGGGGCCUAUCGCCAACGUGCCCUAUUUCAGAAAGGUUGCUGCAGCUCAUCAGCUCCACCACUCAGAGAAAUUCAAGGGUGUUCCAUAUGGUCUGUUUCUUGGUCCUCAGGAGGUUGAAGAAGUGGGAGGACUGGAAGAGCUGGAGAAGGAGAUUGAUAGGAGAAUCAAAGCAUACAAGAACUCAUAACUAAAUUUGAAUAUUGUGGUAGAUUAGGUGGUAGAGAUAAAUGAAUCAAAUGGGUUUUGUGAGCAAUUUUGUUCUGCAUAUACAAUGUGUACCAAAAUGGUGUGCUAGGCAGCUAGAAUGAGCCUGGAGUCCUUUUAAUGAAGGGAGAGAUGGGUAUUGUAUAUUAGUAUUGUAUUGUAUGGGGAUUUGUAUUUUGUCCCACUUAUAUACACUUGGGUGCUAACAAAUUUUUGUCAUUGUACAAAUGUUAACACACAAGAGGAAUGAGAUUGGAGGAGGUGCAAUGUUU